ACCAGACCACGAUGAACUCUCAGGAAAACACAACGCCCACACAGGCUGAGCUGGAUAACUUGAGUGUGCUUUUUAUCGGGUUUGUGGUCGCGACCGUACUCUAUGGGUUGACCUUCUUUCAGACUUACAUAUAUUUUUCACGUUAUCCAAAAGAUGAUCUGUGGAUCAAAGCGACAGUCGGAUUGCUUUGUGCAAUCGACACGACGACGUCUGCUUUGAUGUCUCAAGCAUUAUACUACUAUCUGGUCACUCUCUUUACUGUGGACAUAGAAUUUUUGUUUGCUACAACGUCGUUCUGUGUCGAGAAUGGCUUAGCUAUCCUUGCUUCAUUCAUUGUACAACUCUACUAUGUUGUCCGUGUUUGGACGGUGACUUCUCGAUCGUGGAUACCCGCCCCAAUAAUUGCUUUCGCUUCUUUUGUGGGCUUUGCGUUCGGUAUCACCAUGACGGUUCAAAUUUUUCAGAAUAAGCGUCUAGUUGAUCUUGCAACUUUCCAUAUGGAGAUCGUUGCAGCUAUUAGUCAGGCCUUUUCGGCCCUUGCAGACAUUCUCAUCGUGAGCAUGAUGACCUAUUAUUUGAGACCACGGCGGUUUCCAGAUAUGGCCCUACCUGAAGGAUGGGUAGAUACAGUAACGACCUAUUUCGUCAAUCGUGGGUUUGGCUUCAUGGUUAUCCAACUGGCAUAUUUUUGUGUGUUCGUUGUAAUGCCUUCUAAACAAACUUGGAUUCCUUUCCAUCUGGUCGUCGAUUCUUCAGUCUACAUCAACACACUUUUAGGAAUGCUCAAUUUCAGAGAAGUGAAUGACGGUCAUGGCGUCAACGAAGAGGACACUAUAGUUG